GUCAGGAGCCCUUUCACUUGGAGAGAGCGGUCAUCUGGGCCCGCGGCUGUGCGUCUUUCCCCGCAGCAGUAGCCGCCGUGCGUCACGAGAGGAAAAAUGCCCGCGAUGGGCAACUCUUUACGCGCGGCUGCCCUUCUGGCGUUCGUGGUUCUCUCCAUUCUGGUGUCACUUCUGAUUAGCAGCGUGCAGCAGUUUGGAGCGAGAGUCUCGCACUUUUCCAACGCAACUCUUCCCGGUGAUGAGGAGGAGCUGGCGUCGCUCCGCGGGGCGUUGAUCUACCAGCUCAACGAGAGGCGAAAAGAAAUUAUUCCGCUGCUUUUACCUGAGGACGGUGAUGAAAACGGAGAGUUGGAGGAAACUCGACAUUCUUCCCGAGCGCUGGACUCGACUUUGGAUUACAAUCUGUGGAAUGAGAUCACACUUGGCUCCAGGAAAGCGCAUCUGGAUGAAAUGGGUUGCGAUUCUCUGGUGGACAUGCAGGCGGUGGAGAUCCUCGGGUCUGGAUACACCAAGCUGGUUGUCAAAGUGAAUCUAGCUGCGGGUCAGCCUGUGGCGCUGAAACUCGUCAACGAGCAGGGCAUCGACAUGGGCAAGUGUUUGGAAGAUUUCAAAGAUCCUCAAGGCUGCCGUGAGCUCGUUUCUUACAAGCUGCAGAAAGAAAUAGUCCUGCUGCAACGACUGAAGCAUCCAAAUGUCAUAAAGCUCAAGGGCCACUGUGCAGGAGGCCAAGGAGGAAGAGGAGGAGGAGGAGGAGGAGGAGGAGAGGGAGGAAGAGUCACAGUCAUUCUGGAGCAGGGGAAUCCUCUCCAGAUGAUCCAGCUGCUGCAGAGCCCCUGGGAGGACAGAUUCAGGGUGUGUCUGGACCUGGUCAGGCUCCUCCACUUCCUGUCCCAGUCUCCUCUGGGCUCCGUGGCCCUGCUGGACUUCCAGCCGCGGCAGUUUGUCACCGUGUCCGGCGAGCUGAAGCUCACGGACCUGGACGACGCCAGCGCCGAGGAGACCGCCUGCCGGACCGAGGCGGACUGCACUCUGGAGUUCCCGCACAGGAACUUCACUCUGCCCUGCUCGGCUCGGGGGGUGUGCGAGGGUCUGAAUGAGAAGAGGAACAUUUACAAUGCCUACAGGUAUUUUUUCACCUACCUGCUGCCUCACCAGGCCCCGCCCGGCCUCACACACCUGGUAGACCACAUCAUGAACUCCACAGGGGAGCUGAAAGCUGACAUCAAUCAGACGCUGGAGGCCUUUGAACACAUCCUCCUGCUCUACAAGUCUGGCCUACACCUGGACAACCUGCCUCCAUCAGUAGUCAAAGAUUACACGGUGAUGCGAGGUAUGGGGACCUCUGGGAACGUGGAGUACCGCUGCUGGCCGUCCUACAGCCAGCAGGGCUGCGUGCUGUCGGUCCACAGCGCCAAGGAGGCGGCGCACAUCUGCAACUCCCAUUCUCAGUGCAACAGCUUCACUCUGACGGGACAGAAGACGUGGACGGGUCGCCUCCUCGCCUCCUUCCGGAGCAGCUUCAGCCACCUGGUGCCUGAUGGGACGUCAGAGGUGUACGUGAAGGAAACCAAAGCUCUGGAGGCUCCCACGGUGUGACCAUCACCGCGGUCCAGCCGAAGUCGGGAGCCGACGUGCGGCCGAGCGAUGUGGAAGUAAAGCAGAGUUUUACGCUUAAGAAGAGAGACCUGCGUUCUCCUCGUGAACAUGUUGAGCGCAGCGUGGAGACCGAGCCGACGAGGCGGCGUUUGAAGUGAGCAAGUGAAUGUGAUGUAUUUAUAGGGCUUCUGCUCAGUGACUGUUUGAUCUUCCUGCCAGCUCGCUGCCUCUGCCAGCUACUAUUUAAAGGGAUUUCCCUUCAGGUACAAUUAAGGAGGGAGAGCCUUGUGCCCUCAACAUGUUUUUUUGUUUUUUUUUCUACCUUGCCUUUAUUUGCCAUGUGUGUUGGCUUUCGUUGUGAGGCCGGGUCCCCGUAGUCAGAUUUUUUUUUUAAAAUUUUUUUUAAACCAAAGAGGUAAUAAGACCAGCCGCUGCAGCUCAGCGUUUGAAGCCCGAGGACGAGAAAGGAAAACAAGCUCUUAUGCAAAUACACUUUGAUGUUAAUGCGCUGAGGUUGCGGCUGUUUUUUCACGGUCCUCUGGCUUCGCUGCGCUGCGGUACGAGACGGUAACAACCAUAUAAGCAUUUACACAUCAACAAACGAGCAAAGAUGAUUAAAACCAUUCCAGGGCAGUCUGCUUUACAUACUUUUGUAAACUUACUUAUAGUGUUUAGUUCCUAAAUAUUUAUGUGAUCAAAUGAAAUGUAAUUGCUCUGACAUGUUACAGCUUACAUGCACCUUGUGGGUGAAACUUUUAUUUUCAAUGAAAAAUUAUUCACUUCAGUGUUUUUUUAUACUUCACUUGUUGUAUCUGUACAGGUUU